GUUAGUGUGUUACGCUUAUAUCGCGUUAAUUCAAACGUUGUUUCAGGGGGCCAUUUAAGGGGCAAAGCAUGCUCUGACUAAUGUUUUGCUAUUGCAAAAGCUUCUAAUAAAGUGAGCACGGUAAUGAAUAGUCAACUGCAUAUAAAGGAUUGUCCAGAUAAGGAGAAUUGCCGCCAUUCUCUCAAAGUUCUGGACUGCGUUACCAAUAUUGAGAAAUCUUUAAAUCGUGAAAUUAUUUUAAACGGUUCUAAUUUCUUGACUGGAUUGUUUCGUGUUACUCCUGGUAUAUGGCCGAAAAUUUCCAAAGCUGAGAAUAGAUCAGGACCGUCAAAUUCUUAUCACUCAAUACAACGUAGUGAAUCUCGUGUGAACUUGUGUUCUCAAAUUCAACCGGAAUCUUAUUGCUCAAAUUCUCAAGAAUCCUUACAACUUGCAUCGAUGGAGGUGUUACAUAUGCCUAGUGAAAAUGAACCGAAAUGUGUUAUUGCACAAAGGGAUAAUGAGAAUUUACCAAGUGCCGAGACAAUUAAAUCGGAAUUUCAUCGAAACGCAUAUAAAUCAACGCCUAAUCCUCCGACAGAUGAGAAUAAUGACGUAACCAGUAGUUUUCAAACUAUUUUAUCAAAGCCUAUGAAUGAGGAAGUUGAUAAUGAAUUAGCUUCAGUUGUGAAGAUACGCAUACGAGAACUAUUGACUGCAUAUGAGAAAGCAUUACAACCGAUAACUUCAAUUGAUUUGGAACCGGAAUACGAAGUUAAACUUUCUCUUUAUUCCAAUAAGAUGUUUGGAAUAGAAUAAUCUAUUUUUAUAUCUUGUUAAUUUGUAUAGUGUUCAUAAUUAAGACAAUUUUAUACAAAACUUAAUUUAAAUAUAUUAAAAUAAAGAAUUUUCCAAUUAAAUGAAU